AAAAAAAAUAAAAGAAAAAAGUUUCUUCAUACUUGGUACGUAGAAGAGAGGUGAGAGCACAGUAAUCCAACAAUUUCAUAUUCAUCUCCGUUCUUUUUCUCUUUCAAUUAUAACCAAGUUCUAAACACGAAAAUGGCUGAGGCACUCAUCUCUGUGCUUCUGGAGCAAUUGGCUUCAGUAGUAUAUAAACACACAAAUGAAGCGGUGAAACUGGUUUUGGAUGCUGAGAAAGACGUUAAAAGUUUCAGCAGCAAGCUCAAAGCUAUCCAGGCUGUGCUUGAGGAUGCAGAGAAGAAACAAGUGAUGGAGGCUAGCGUGGGAGACUGGUUGAAGAAGCUGAAAGAUGUGUCGUACGAGAUGGACGAUGUGCUAGAUGAGUGGAAUACUGAAAUUCUCAGACGACAGGUGGAGGAGAUGCAAGACAAGGAAGGAGAAAAUGCUCUUGUUACCAAGAAGAAGGUAUGUUUCCCCAAGCCAUCUGAUUGCUUUUGUUUUGGCCAAGCCAAUAAGGUCAUUCAUCAUCAUAGAAUAGCUAGAAGGAUAAAGGAACUGAAUGAGAAGUUGACUUUGAUUGCUGCUGAAAGAGAAAUGUAUGGCUUUCAUCAAUCCACAAUAGGUGGCCAUGAUGAUCAACAGCUUAUUCAACGGCAGAAAACUUCAUCUUUGGUCGAUAUAUCUAUGAUAUUUGGCCGAGAAGUAGAAAAAGAGUCUUUGUUGAGCAAGUUGUUGAGAGAGAGUAACCAGGAUGGGGGGAGUAGCCAAGAAGGCAAGCGGUUCCUUGUCAUCCCUAUUGUAGGGAUGGGAGGGAUGGGGAAAACUACUCUUGCCCAAUUAGCCUAUAAUGAUGAAAAUGUUACAGCCUAUUUUGAUAAGAAAGUAUGGGUUUGUGUCUCAGACCCUUUUGACGAGAUUAAAAUUGCCAAAGCGAUCAUUGAGAGUCUAGAUAAAAAUGAAACCCAAAGAAAUUCAGAUGAGUUGGAAACCCUACUCUUAUGCAUAAAGACUCAUGUUGAGAGUAAGAAGUUUCUCCUAGUCCUAGAUGAUGUGUGGACCGAAGACAAAACCAAGUGGGAAAGUUUGAAAUUAUCAGUAAUAAUGCAAAGUUGUGAAGAAGGGAGUACAGUACUGGUUACCACGCGAAAACAAGGGGUUGCUGAAAUGAUGAGAGCAACCAGUAGCAUGAUCCAUUUAGACAAGUUGAGUGACAAGGAUUGUCUAGCAUUGUUCAAUAGCAUUGCAUUUUUGGAUAGGGAAGAAGAUAAGGCUAAUGGGUUUGGAGUGAUUGGUGAGGAAAUUGUGAAAAAGUGUAACGGUUUGCCUCUUGUUACAAAGACUUUGGGUAGUCUAUUGUGGCAUAAGAAAACAAGAGAGGAAUGGCGGGAUGUACUAAAUAGUCAGAUAUGGGAAUUAGAAGAAGUUGAGGAACAAGUUUUUCGACCACUGUUACUUAGUUAUUAUGAUUUGACCCCUGCACUCAAAAGGUGUGUUUUGUAUUGUGCACUAUUCCCAAAAGAUUAUAUGUUCGAUAGAGAUAAUUUGAUUGAGCUUUGGAUGUCACAAGGUUAUCUUAAUUCAAAGGAAAACAAAAAAAUGAGAAGAAAAAGUCAAAAUUAUUUUGAGAGUCUAGCAAUGCGGUCUUUCUUUCAAGAUUUUGACAAAGAUGACUUGGGAAAUAUUAUAGGGUGCAAAAUGCAUGACAUUGUCCAUGACUUUGUGCAGUUUCUCAGUAAAAAAGAAUGCAUGAUAAUAGAAGUUGUUGAGAGUGCUACUAAAAAAAUGGACCUAUCAGGUGAUAAGGUUCGUCAUUUGACUUUAGUGAGUGUACCCGAAGGUCCACUUCCUACUUGGUGUUUUGGGUGUAAAAAUAUGCGUAGCCUUACACUCCUUAAUUCAAAAAUUACAGCCAUAAGCCCCGGUUCAAUUUUGCAAAUGAAAUGCCUCAGGACAUUGAAUUUGCGUGGUAACAAGCUCAAUGAAGUUCCAAAAGAGAUUGGUGAAUUGAUUCAUUUGAGAUAUAUGAAUUUGUCUAGGAGUGGUAAUUUCAAAGAAUUACCGGAUGCUGUGUGUGAUUUAUACAAUCUACAAACUCUGGACGUUUCGUGCUGUGAUCAACUAGAGAAACUACCCAAGGCAAUGGGAAAGUUGAUUAACUUGAAGCAUCUACAUGUUUGGGGUUGUGAGGAGCUGAGGUACUUACCGAAAGGGAUUGGGAGUUUGAAAAGUCUGCAAGUACUGGACUGGUUUUAUCUAUGUGAGGGUGAUGAUGAAGCAUUGAAAUUAGGAGAUCUCGGAAUCAUGGACCAGCUUCAGGGGAGCCUUUUUAUAGAUGGAUUGGGGAAUAAGGAAGAUGCGAGUGAGAUUGAGAAAGCACAGUUGGGGAAUAAGGAGCACCUCUCUCAUUUGGGAGUAGUUUUCCAGGUCGGAGAUGAAGAUGGAGAGCAGAGAAAAGGUGAUGAAGAAAUACUGAAUGCAUUGCAACCGCAUCAAAAUUUGGAAUAUCUUGUGAUUGGGAAUGGCCAUGCCACCAUCGAGUCUCUCUAUCGGAUCAAGUCUCUACACAAUUUGAGAAAACUUCAUCUCUAUAAUUGGCGAUUCUGGGAAGUUUUGCCUCCUCUUGGAAAAUUGCCAUCGCUUGAAAUUCUGGAGAUAUGGGCGAUGAAGAAAGUGAAAAAGGUAGGAGUUGAAUUUCUGGGAAUAGAAGAAGAAGAAGAAGAACAAGUCUCAGGAAUUCUAUUCCCCAAAUUGAAACAACUCUGGUUUUUUGCCCUGAAGAACUGGGAAGAGUGGGCCUUUCUUUCUGAAAUCACAAUAAUGCCACGCCUUUCUGAGUUGCUAAUUGAGAGUUGCCCAAAGCUAAAAGCACUGCCAGACUUCCUCUACAAGAUACCAGCACUGCGUACUUUGGAGAUCAAGGGUUGUCCAAUUCUGGAAGGAGAAUACGAAAAAGGAGUGGCACAACAUUUCUCACAUCCCAAACCUCACAAUUCGAAGUUACUGAACAGGAGGAAAUUUUCAAGCGGUUGCAAACCAUAAACUGGCUCUUCCUCCAUCCUUGUUCAGAGCAAAUCAUUUUGCCUUCGACCAACAUGUGCUUCAUCUCUUUACUUGGCGUGCUUCUGAAUGAUGGGCUUCCAUGUCCUCUCAUGGAUGCACACCGCACUCAGGUCUGAAUGAUGCUUCAUGAAGAACUUGCAAAUGCAAAUGGAAUGUGUGCAAGUCCAAUCAGGAUAUGGGAACCAACCCAACAGAGAGUGAAGUUCUCCGGACAGAGAAUCUUUAGUUACACUUAAGGACUGCAUUGAAGCUUCUAGGACUAAGAAUGUCAUUGGAGUUGUCAAGCUGAUGAAGCUCUCUAGAUAGCAAAGGUCAUGACUGAAUUAACUUGUGAAGUUGGAGUUCAUCCAGUCUGAUGUCUCAUGCAACAUGUUGGGGGUAUGGACUAUUCUUCAGUAGCUUAAAUAUUUCAAAGGUGGAGAAAUAAAUCUGAUUUUGAUGAACACAUUCUAAGCAAGACGAAAUAUGUAUCAGGCGGACUUUCACCACAAAUGAAAUUUGGAUUAUGCAUCACAUGGUCUUUCACCAUAAAGGAAAUUUGGAAUGCAUUUAACUGAUUGAAGUGGCCCUUAGCUAAACUAGGUGCAUGUUAACGAUCCACAUGUUCAGUGAUCCAUUGCCAUACUUUAAAGGCUUUAAUUUAAGCACUUUUUAGUUGUCAAAUUAUCUAAUUUUUAUUAGGUUUGACAACUAAUUUCCAUGGCAUAUGGGUUUUCUUUUCUUGGGCUGAGGCUUUCUUUGGAAUGGAUACAGAUGCGAAUCGGAAGCUUUUUGUACAAUCUGCAUCCUAACAAUAAACAUGGAGCUGGAGAAAUGGCGUUUCUGUAGCUGUACUCAGUGGACAUCCUCUGUAGUCACUAUUAAACCAUUCCACCUCCCUAUCAUGAAAGAUGUUAAAAGGUUUAGGUUCUGAAGCUUGAUAAGUGCAUUACUAGGACAAGGGAUGUGAAGAUACAAAAUCAGUUGAAGUUAAAUGGUGGUUCAGUAAUAGGAGCUACGGGAUGCUUUUGAGCGGUUGAGGAUUGUCAAGCGGUGGAUUACACCAUAAAGGAAAUUUCAGAGGCAAUAAUUUGGAAAUUUAGACCUCCAAGACCUGAUGAUGAUCCCCCAGUAGGCCUUAUGCUUCUAAAACUUGGAGGCUUAAAACCAUAGGCAUAAAAUGUCGCCAGGCUACAUUUAUGAACCACUUUGAAGCUUCAAGGGCCAAGAAUGGCAUUGGAGUUAUCAAGAUGAUUAAGUGCUACAUAGGUAGGAUGGAUUGUCGAGCAGUUGUACACACCGCAAAAAACUUGGUACCCAUUUGACUCGUUGAAGUGUCUCUUACCUAAAUCUAGGCUGAAGCUUUUUGUUGAAUGGAUGCCGAUUGCUAGAAAAGAACUUGGAAGCUAUUUGUGCAAUCUCUAUCUUAACAAUAAGCAAGCAACCAGUUGUUUGUGCAAUCUGUAUCUGAACAAUCAGCAAGUAGCCGGUAAAUGUUGCUCUGAAAGAUUUGGUGGACAUCCUCUUACUCAAACUCUGCCAACAUCACCGUCCCAGGAUAUCUCACCAAAUGACAUGUAUCUACUACAUUCACUGCAUUGAAGCAUCGAUCACGGAGUAGGAAGGGAGCUGAGAAGCUGAUGAGGUGUCACUUAGGCUGAAGUCUUUUGUGGAACUGAAGCUGAUUGGGAUUUGAGGCAGAAGCCAAGUUCAAUGAUGGUUAACUUUGCUAUUGAGGUAGAACCCUCUGCUGUUGUUGAUGGCAUCAAACUGGCUUGUCAGUUAAAUCUGGAAAGUGUAGUGACUCGCAGCAGUUGAUUGCAGCACCGAACAAUUGAUCGAAUCGAUAUAGGUAGUUGGAGGAUUUAUCUUUUUCUCAUUGAUUUCCAUCAUCAACUGAGUCUUGUGGUUGUCGAUUUAUCCUGAAGCAAAUUGUGCUACUGAUGUGGCCGCUAAGCUUGCCAAAUCAAGGUUUUUCAAAGCAAACUAAAAACAAAGAAGCUUAAAGAAGGAAAUGACGUGGAAUUAUAAAGCAUCCGGAUUCAUUCAAGAAUCCUUGAUGGACCAAUGAUAGCUUAAUCAAUGAAGCUACAUAAAAGAUGGAGUCAAAUUCAGCAAAAUUAAUGAUGUGGCAAAUUCUCAUUGGAUGAGUGAUGUCAAUCAUUGAUGGACCAAUCGGAAAAUUAGUCAGAGACUUUUUUUGAAGCAAGGAGUUAGAGAUCCACAAGAAAACAAAGAAGAAAGGUCUUGGACCAGAAUAAAGAGCCGUUGGAUGUUAGAAUCAAAACCUGCAUGUGACACAUAAGAAAAGCAAGAAACCAUUCAAACUAUUCAAGGAGAAGAAGAAAAAGCUUGAAGCCCCAAAACGAUUGAUCUCUGCCUUUUGACGAUCGAUCGUUCAUCCUGUUUUCAUCAUCUUUUCGAUAUUUGUUUCUCUCUCUACCAUAUAUGACUUUAUUUUGUGUGUCAGUUUACUCAGUUAACAUUAUGAGUAGCUAAAUUUCCUACAGUUAGGGGCUUUCAGCACUAAACAUGAUGUGAUUUAUGAUAUUGGCAUUUAUUAAUAUAUUUCCUGAA